UUUGCAUCAUUUCUCUACACACAAUCCAUCAAACGAUUCGCUUUUAACAAAACACAGAUGUGACAAAGGUAAUACUAUCUUGGGUCUUUAGCAUGUUCAAUGCACAGCAGUUUGUCACACAUACAUGUGCACAAAUACUGUAAAUACAUUAUGCAUGCUUAUUAUAUUUAACAGGCACUCACAGGUGAAUGUGCAGAACAAUUACACAAUACAUUACACAAUAGAUACUGUAUAUGUCCAUCAAGUCACAAAUUCAUAAUUGCAAAAUUCAAAAUUGAAAUCUUUUUUUUUUUUAUUAUUAUUUUUAUGAUACCAGAUGACACAUGUGCAAAUAAAGGGGAGCAGCUACUUUUUCCACUUCAACUGCCAUCAAUUAAAGUAUGGGAAAUAUUGCAUAAUAAUAAAUAGACCCUCCCACCAACACAGAUUCUCCACCCAUGAGUCUGAUAUGAAUGGAAGAAAAUGCCUAUAUAAAGACAGAGAUCAUCCGAUUAAAAGCACAAGAAAUCAACUGGACAACCACAGAAGAACACCUGAUACUCAUCACAGACUUUGCUUUGAAAAGGCUAAAAAAAUGUCUGGGAAAAAAUGGGUUCUCCUUGUCGCCGGCUCAAAGAACUGGGAAAAUUACCAGCACCAGGCCAAUGUGUGGAGUUUAUAUCAGAUAAUUAGGAAACAUGGGAUUCCUGAUGAGCAGAUUGUGGUGAUGAUGUAUGAUGACAUUGCUAACAAUCCAGAAAACCCAACUAAAGGAACCAUUGUCAGUGUAGCUGAUGACACAGACGUGUACUCCGGAGUUCCGAAAGACUACACUGGAAAGGAUGUGACCCCACAAAACUUCCUGGCUGCUCUUCAAGGGGAUGAGAGUACAAACAAAAAAGUCAUAAAAAGUGGAGCAGAGGACAACAUAUACAUCUACAUGACCGGUCUGGGAACUGAAGGCACAUUUGAAUUUCCUGAGGAGUCAGUAAGUAUAAAAAACAAAGACUGA